AUGUUGUUCAGGACAAUAAUCAAGACGCUUUGGACUAAAUCUACUGAUAUAAAGUUCAUUCAACUUUCAUUCUCAGUUCGUACAACUAUUGCGAUGAAGUACGAUCAUUGGGUCGAUGCAGCCGAAAUCAUAGAGUACAAUCACUUUGGUCUGCUACGCGACCGACUCAAACGCAACCUUUACAUCAAGUACGCACCCGAGCGCGCCAACAACAUGGUGUGUCGCGCCAACAAGAUCGACGGCGACACAUUCGCAGCAUUGUACAACAGAUACCAAGUACACUUCAAACAUUAUAAAGAGUACAAGAUGGCGAUCAAGUGGGACAACCUGGUUGUCGUGAAGACUCUGUUGCAUCAGACCUAUCCCGUAGCCUUCCCGCGAAACAAUAAGUUGCUGAUUCACGCCACCAAGUCGCUAUCGUACACCGUGCUCAAGUAUCUCAUCGACUCGGGAUUGUUUGAUUGUUCAGUGCUCUAUCGACCACAACUGGAAGAGGACGACCCUUCAAUCAAGCAUGUUAGUUGGAGCUCAGUGUUUGCCAACUCCCCUGAAUCAGUCAGAUACCUCCUCGACCCUGGCAACUUUGAUCAAACAUUCAUCGACCUUGUCCGACGAAAUGCAUGUCAACAUGUCGAGUUUAUAAUGAUGAGGGGCGAUAAGCAGUUGAUCGAUGAUCUAUUGUUUGACGCACUUGGCAAACCAUUGUUUGGCGAUCAACCAAUCAACAGUCAGAUGAUGUUGCUUGAAGCCACGCCCGAGGAACAGUUGGCGCACUUCCUUCGCUUCCUCCCCCUGGACAACACUAGAGUUGAGCGAGCAAGUGUACCGCUUGAUGUCAAUUCCAAUGACAUACUUUCGAUGGUCAAGGACUCCAUCCCAGAGUAUAUUCAGAUUGAUCCAACGUUGACUACAAAGGCUGUGGCAUUGAGUCACGAUCAGCUUCUAGUGUACAGGAUGCUCUUCCAAAUGGAAAUUGAAUGGAGGAAUCACAUCUCUGGUGACAGCUUAGUUUCAAUCAUCGUACGGCAUUAUCUGAAGACGGGGGAUUGCCAACUCUUGCCCAUGCUCUUCCACUCGCCACCAUGGAUCGUCCCCUCCGAGUUCCACAAGUACAUCUCUGGACUUUUCAACCUGCUCAUCAACUAUGGCAACGUUGCACAGACAGCGAUCAUCUACACAUUGCUGGCACAACUGCUCCAGACCAAUCAUUUGCAAGAUCUCAUGACUGUGUUCUUCGAUCCAACAAUGAUGUACCAUUCAUUCGCCAGUGCCAAGGAUGUGGCCAAAAGCUUCCAGGUCGUCAGAUACCUCAACGCACGCCACGUCGUCCAAACUGAUAUGGGAGUGCUCUGCAGGAAGUUCCUUGGCACGCCUGAGAUGUUACAGUUCCUAUUGUCCGACGCCAGCACAAUCUUCUCAAAGGACCUGAUCAUCAGCAACACGUUCUUUGGCAUCAGUCACAUCGAGUACAUCGUCCGCAACAGACCAGAAAUAAUGCGAUUGGUUCAUCACAACGAUCACCUCAUUCUAUUUUUGGCAUUCUUUGGACCUACCAACAACGAACUGCUCACCCAGCUCCUGGACCUCCUCACACCUGAGCAACUCUUGGCCAACUCUGCAAAGGGGCGCGUACAGACCGCGAUCGUGGCAUCAGCCAUGUCUAACUUGGACUUGAUCAAUGUGAUUGCCAAAAAGAUCCAAUUGAAUCGAGAUAAAGUGGCCUCCAAGGUGGGACGUGUUGGAGAUGUAGCACUAUUCCAAGCUGUGCUCGCACAUAUUGUCGCGCCAGAGGGCGAGGACCUGGAGACCACCCGACAAUCCUUUAUAUCCUCAGUUCUCGAAAAAGCCAUUGACCUACAUCAGAUGGCACUGGUCAAGCAUAUCUUUGAACAAUUUGGAGAUCUGGUCCUUAGUGCUCGUUCUUACAUUGGAACUACAGCGGCUCAUGGCAAUAUGGAGAUGUUGGCAUAUCUCUGGCAGGUGGACAAGUAUGAGGAGAUGGCCAAGUUGACUAAAGAUGCUAUCAAUGGUGGCCAAAUCCAGGCGUUGGACUGGUUGCUCAAUCAAGCUGACAAGGUGACAUAUGAUCGAAUCAAGGCCCAUCCCAUCAAUAUCAACGAUCUAAUAGUCAACCAUUACAUUGAUAUGUUGCGACAUUUGAUUGACAUUGGUGCUACACUUGAUCUGAGCACCGUCGACAAAUUGCCAGAGUACCAGAACAAUCCAAGCAUUCAAUCAUUAGUCGCUCAAUACAAGGAACAAAGAGAUAACAACCUCAAGAGAAUGAAUGAUGGCUCA